AUGGGCCCCUGUACCGCCUCCUCAUGCUGCUGCCAGGCCCGUAAUCUGCCAUGGGCCCCCGUACCGACUCCUCAUGCUGCUGCCAGGCCCGUAAUCUGUCAUGGGCCCCUGUACCGCCUCCUCAUGCUGCUGCCAGGUCCAGAGUGUGUCAAGGGUCCCUGUACGGCCUCCCAUUGCUGCUGUCUCCAUCGCCACACUCUGCCAUGUGCCACUUUCAGGUCUCCUCACACUGCUGGUGGGUUCCAUUUUGUCAUAGGGUGCUGUAUGGCCUCCCAUUGCUGCUGCCUCCUCCACCGCCACACUGUGGCUCCACACUCUGGUUUUGGCCCCGUGACUGGCCAAAUGAGUGAAGUGUGCGGUGAUUCUAAGAUCGACGGCACUCAUCUGCAUGUCAUACUGACUGACAGUAUUAUUUCUCUUCCCCAGCAGACUCCAAGGGCAUUUAAAUUAAAGGUACAGUGUUCUGCACUAAUAUAA